GCCUUCAUAUCACAAAGCGGUGUAUAGCCAUGAACAAGAAUCACAUUCUUUUAACAGAGCUCGACUGGCUGACAUGACAAUUACUUCAUUCACCAUAUGUAGCCUAAUGGUUCACAUGCCUAUUUGAAAUCCAUGAAGUCGGCCAACACAGUAAGGAAACAGAUUUAGCCUACUUCUGGACUAGUCUGCAUGAUCUCCAAACGGAAUACUAAGCAACUGUUUGAAGUUGUUACAUCUUGAGAAUAGCAACAGUCGAUCAUUGCAGCAGUCCACGAAUUGGUUGAAUUCGCUUACGCCUCGUGUUGUGACACGCGCCACCACCGUGAUCAUUUCUUCGCCUUGACUUCACAUAAACUACCACGACGGAAAGGCCAGCCAUGGUGAACAGCCGGGUGGAGGCAUCAGCCGUGGCGGUGACAGGCGGCAGCUCGUCAGGCAGGUCCUGCGCAGGCUGCGGCGGGCGCAUCGCUGACCGCUUCCUACUCUUCUCCAUGGAGCGCUACUGGCACACGCGCUGCCUCAAGUGCUCCUGCUGCCACGCCCAGCUGGGUGAGAUCGGCACCACCUGCUACAGCAAAGGGGGCAUGAUCCUCUGCAAGAACGACUACAUCAGGCUGUUCGGGCACAGCGGGGCAUGCAGCGCCUGUGGCCAGUCCAUCCCUGCCAGUGAGAUGGUGAUGCGGGCACAGGGCAACGUGUACCACCUCAAGUGUUUCACCUGUGCCACCUGUAGGAACCGGCUGGUGCCGGGCGACCGCUUCCACUACGUUAAUGGCACCAUCUUCUGUGAGCACGACAGGCCAGGGGGCGCUCUACUCCGCAGUCACCUGACCCCACUGCAGGGGAACGGCAUGAUGCCUGACCAGAAGGUGUGCUGAAGGAUGGAUGACAAAGCAACGUGUGCCUUUUCCCCCACCUCCUGCUCUUCCUCCUCCAUCUUUAAGUUUGUCCUACACCAGCCAUCCCUUCGUUCAGAUAUUCCAGAAUCCAUUCUCCGGAUACUGCUGCCAGUGUCCAGUGGCUUUCUAAACAACACGUCAUUCCCAACAAAAUCAUAUUUCUUCUGUUCAUAGAGAAUCAUGUUCUCAACCUUCAAGGGGAAGAUGCUGAGGAGGGAAAGACUAUUGAUGAGGAUGAUUUAUACUGUCAAGCCAAGCCAGUGUCCAUUUCUGGUAAAGCCAAUGGUGACUGAAUUGUAAUGCCCUGAGAGGAGGACUAUGGCAUUUCCAGUGAUGGGCCAUAAAUUUCCUUAGCCAGCACAAAACACUACGCGGAGAGAGAAGUCCUGGACUAAUACGGAAACACGUAUAAACUGGUUCUGGUCAGGGGCUGCUUCAACCAAGCUACAGUAUACUGACUCUUGAAACAGGAAGAGCACAUUCAAACAAGACAGGCCACACGAAUACACAUAUGCAACACUUUCUGAGCUCAGAUUCACUAGACCCUUUCAUCUGUUGCGAGAAACAGGAAAUACUGUGGUUGCAAUGCUGCCGUAGCUGUGGUUCACCCAACUGGUGACUGGCCGAACAAGUAAAGAUCAAAUACACCUGCCUGGAUGUCUCAUUUACAUGAAAAAAAAUAUUCUCUGUGUACAAAAUUUAAGAAAGUCUGUAGAAUAUUAAUCAAAACACAACUUUUAGUCCCAUGAUUCUUUUGUACUACAAGUGGUUGCCUUUUUUGUAGAUUUUCUUUGAUAUUUAGUUUUCAGUUAAAUGGUUUCUGGGGUUAGGAAAUGUACUCAUGUUUAUGGGAACAUAGAAAUUAUGCAUUUUGUAAUUGUUUUAAAAUAUGUUUUAUUCCGGUGACAAUUGUAAUUCCAACAUGACUUCGCAGCAGUGCUCCAUAUGUCCUAAAUGUAUUCUCAUAUGUGUGGUGGUGGAAGAGAAGGUCCAAGUUGAACUGGUCCACAUUUAACUUCGGUAAUGUUGAGUAUGGCUCACUGUAGCAGUUUUCGAAAAGGAAAAAUAAGUGUUUCUUAUUGGAGAAGUCCAGGUAGUCCCUACCUGGUUCAGGCUGUUUUCUUCAGUUUGGUACCUAAUGAACACAAUCCAGGUUGAGGAAAUAGGGGAGUGGCAUGGGGAUGGAAAGAAGUAUAAACUGUAGAUAUUUUUUUCUAGUGUUGUAUUGUGUGCUCUAUGGUUGAAUUGUGUCAUUGUGUGGCCUUUGUUUCAAGCAAAGGCCCAUUUUCAAAUGCUGUAAAACAUUUCAAAAUAACUACUCAUAAUAUCGCGAGUCACUUGUGUCACAUCACACGAGUGAGUGAUUGGAUAAUAUUUACGUGCCGCAGGAUGAGGGAGAGUGGCGUGCAUGUGUGUAGCGAGGUGUGACACAUAUCCCUUUCACACUGAAACGUAGCUUCGGUAAUGCUCCAGGGCUUGGACAAACAUGGCUGAUUUUCCAAGGCUUGAUCCGGGGCCAGUACAGAAGAUAUGUAGGUGGUAUGAGAUAAAGGCUUGGGUCGGAGUCUAAUUAAAAAGGGAGAGACCCCUUUCCUGUGGGUGUUUUAGAGGAGCAGUCCAGCUGUUGACUUUACAGCAAUGCAACAACAAACGGAAGAAAUAAACCUUUUCCUUCACCGUUCUACUAAACUCUAUAAUUGUAUAACUGUUCUGUUUCUUUACAAUGUCUGAAUGACAUUUCCACUUAUUUGCUGAGUUUUGAACUUGGUAGUUGGCGUAGAGGGCUCUAUACUCAUAGUACUGGAUGGCAUUUUGCAGUAGUUUUUUUGGCACGCAAACACCCCUCCGAUCUUAUUUAGUUAGCUAAUUAAAUUCCAUCUUUUUGUAGGUACCUUUUGCCUAGAAAUCACACGGUGUUCUCUGCCA